UAUGACAGGGAACUAUUUAAGGCUGUUGGCAACUUCCUACAAGAAAGCGAAACCGGUAGAUCAGAGUGCUGUGCUACAGAGAGAGAAGAGAGGGAUGACUGAGCACAUGCUGAAAAUAUUGAUUGUUGGUGAUGGAAAUGUUGGGAAAUCUUCCUUCGUGCAUCGCUACGUCAACGGACAGUUCAACAACACGUACAAGAUGACAGUGGGAGUGGAUUUUUCGGUGAAGGUGCUGCACUGGUCAGACAAAGAAAAAGUCAGACUGCAACUGUGGGAUAUAGCAGGCCAGGAGCGUUUCAUAUCCAUGACCAGGAUCUAUUAUAAAGGUGCUUUGGGCUGUGUGGUGAUGUUUGACGUCACCAACUCAUCCAGCUUCCUCAGAUGUCGCCACUGGAAACAGGACCUGGACAGCAAGGCCAUGCUGCCCAACGGAGGCUCCAUCCCCUGCAUCCUGCUGGCCAACAAGUGUGACCUGUCUCAGCGGGUUGUGUCAGCAGACAGCAUCGACAAGUUCAGCAAGGCCAACGGCUUCGUUACAUGGAUGGAGACAUCCGUCAAAGAGAACAAGAACAUUGGAGAGGCUAUGAGGAGAUUGGUGCAGGAGAUUCUGUCAGUUCAAUCCGGUCUGGACCCACUUGAUCCCCAACCUCAGGACAGAGUAAAUCCUCCACUGGAGUCAGAGCUCAACAACAGCAAGGGAAGCUGCUGCUGAAACUAAGCCUCGACAUCAAGCAAGAGACAAGCAAACACAGCCAGGACCUGCUCAUUAGUUUUAAUCUUCAGGUUGUUUUUGAGGUGCUUGUGAGCAAAGCACCUAACCCUCAGGUACUUAGGCUGUCUGUACUUUCCAGUAGAAGAGGAAAGAAGAAGAAGCACCAGGACACUCGUCCUAGAUGUAAGGUUGAUGUAAUGAAGUGCACUGAUAAUCUUCCCUGGAUAACAAAAAGUAAAAUAUAACAGUUUUCCAACAAGGUACCAAUAGUUUUAAAGGGGACAUAAUUUGCUUUUUUGUGAUUUUCUGUUAUUUAUAUACUGUUAUGUAGUUACAA